GCGUGCGCGCUGGGCCGGCUCGGCCCGUUCGGUUCCAGUCAUUGUAAACAGGCGGAGGCUGGGCGGGGUGGGGAUGGAGCGCCUGCGGCCGGCCUGGGGCGCAGCGCAGGAGGCGGCUGCGGCGGCGGCGUGAGCGCGGGGAGGCAGCGGCUGCGGCGGAGCGGGCGGUCGCGUGGCGGCAGGCACAGGUACAAUGGAUAGGUAACAGAGAAGACCUCGUCCCUUUCUCAUCAGGGCGUCAGCAUGACUGAGUGCUUCCUGCCCCCCACCAGCAGCCCCAGUGAACACCGGAGGGUGGAGCAUGGCGGUGGGCUCACCCGGACCCCCAGCUCUGAAGAGAUCAGCCCUACUAAGUUUCCUGGGUUAUACCGCACUGGCGAGCCCUCACCUCCCCAUGACAUCCUCCAUGAGCCUCCUGAUAUAGUGUCUGAUGAUGAAAAAGACCAUGGGAAGAAAAAAGGAAAAUUUAAGAAAAAGGAAAAAAGGACGGAAGGCUAUGCUACCUUUCAUGAAGAUAGCUCUGGAGAUGAAGCUGAAAGUCCUUCUAAAAUGAAGAGGUCCAAGGGAAUCCAUGUUUUCAAGAAGCCCAGCUUUUCUAAAAAGAAGGAGAAGGAUUUUAAAAUAAAAGAAAAACCCAAAGAAGAAAAGCAUAAAGAAGAAAAGCACAAAGAAGAAAAACAUAAAGAGAAGAAGUCAAAAGACUUGACAGCAGCAGAUGUUGUUAAACAGUGGAAGGAAAAGAAGAAAAAGAAGAAGCCAAUUCAGGAACCAGAGGUGCCUCAGAUCGAUGUUCCGAAUCUCAGACCCAUUUUUGGAAUUCCUUUGGCUGAUGCGGUGGAGAGGACCAUGAUGUAUGACGGCAUCCGGCUGCCGGCAGUUUUCCGUGAAUGUGUAGAUUACGUAGAGAAGUAUGGCAUGAAGUGUGAAGGCAUCUAUAGAGUUUCAGGAAUUAAAUCAAAAGUGGAUGAGCUAAAAGCAGCCUAUGACCGAGAGGAGUCUACAAACUUGGAAGAAUAUGAGCCGAACACGGUAGCCAGUUUGCUGAAGCAGUAUUUGCGAGACCUUCCAGAGAAUCUGCUUACCAAAGAGCUUAUGCCCCGAUUCGAAGAGGCUUGUGGGAGGACCUCAGAGAGUGAGAAAGUACAGGAGUUCCAGCGCUUACUCAAAGAACUGCCGGAAUGUAACUACCUUCUGAUCUCCUGGCUCAUUGUGCACAUGGACCAUGUCAUCGCCAAGGAACUGGAAACAAAAAUGAACAUACAGAACAUUUCUAUAGUGCUCAGUCCCACCGUCCAGAUCAGCAAUCGAGUCCUGUAUGUGUUUUUCACACAUGUGCAAGAACUCUUUGGAAAUGUGGUUCUAAAGCAAGUGACAAAACCUCUGCGAUGGUCUAACAUGGCCACGAUGCCCGCGCUGCCCGAGACCCAGGCCGGCAUCAAGGAGGAGAUCCGGAGACAGGAGUUUCUUUUGAAUUGUUUACAUCGAGAUCUGCAGGGUGGGAUAAAGGAUUUAUCUAAAGAAGAAAGACUAUGGGAAGUACAAAGAAUUUUGACAGCCCUCAAAAGAAAACUAAGAGAAGCAAAAAGACAGGAGUGUGAAACCAAGUUUGCACAAGAGAUAGCCAGUCUUUCAAAAGAGGAUGUUUCCAAAGAAGAAAUGAAUGAAAAUGAAGAAGUUAUAAAUAUUCUCCUUGCCCAGGAGAACGAGAUCCUGACUGAGCAGGAGGAGCUCCUGGCCAUGGAGCAGUUUCUGCGCCGGCAGAUCGCCUCAGAAAAAGAAGAGAUCGAGCGCCUCAGGGCCGAGAUUGCCGAAAUCCAGAGCCGCCAGCAGCACGGCCGGAGCGAGACCGAGGAGUACUCCUCCGAGAGCGAGAGUGAGAGCGAGGACGAAGAGGAGCUGCAGAUCAUUCUGGAAGAUCUACAGAGACAGAAUGAGGAGCUGGAAAUAAAGAACAAUGACUUGAACCAAGCGAUUCAUGAGGAGCGCGAGGCCAUCAUCGAGCUGCGCGUGCAGCUCCGCCUGCUGCAGAUGCAGCGGGCCAAGCCCGAGCAGCCGGCGCCAGAGGACAAGGAGCCGGAGCGGCGCGGCGGCGCGGCCCAGCUGCCCAGGGAUGGCGUCCUCGAGGCCAAAGCAGCGAAAGAGCAGCCAAAGGCAGGCAAGGAGCAAGCAAAGCCGUCGCCAGGCAAGGACAGGAAGGAGACGCCCAUCUGAGCAGCCUGGCGUGGUCGCCGUGGAGUCCUCUAGACUAGAGGGACCUGUGCAUCUUACUGUAACCCGAGAGCCGGGCGCGGCUCUCCCGCUGUACAUUCUGUAAAGACGUCUUCUCUUCCCAGAGACCCUCCUCUCACGCAUCCGACCCCUCCAUCAGGCUCAGGUCCCACGGGAGGUCGAAGCAGAGGGCGCUGCGGGCUGCUAGGGGGCAGAUGAGUUUUCCGGAUAGUGUCAGCUUAUUCGAAGAUUAAUUUUCUUUGUUAAAAUAACUGUUUUAACCCUUGAGUGGCUUCUUUUUAAACCAAAAAUCGUCUUUCUUUGCUUUUUUAAUCACGGCAGAAUCAGGAUCUCUUUCUCAUUCAAGGGGGAACCCAGCCAGGUCAGUGCUGCGCCUGCCUGUGGCCGUCCGUGUCCUGCCCCCAGGACCUCUGCGGACCUGUCACUCUUGCUUGUGCCUUUCACACGUCUUCGGUGCAGAUUACACAGCGGGGGAGCCGCCUCAUGUGUCCUCACUGGCCAGAACGGCUCCUGCUGGGGCUCCCGUUACCCACCCACAGAUCUCUGUUGACAGUUCCAAACCACAGGCCCUGAGCCCGAGUCACCAGGACGGCCUCGUUUGGUCACAGACAGAGGCUGCCUGUGGGGCCCACCCAGCCGCCGCGGGCGAUGCAGGCCCCCCCUGCCGGCAGCUCACCGCCGCGGCCAGCAGAGGCUUCUCCCUGGGUGGGCGGGGAGGUGGCCGCCCCAAUCUGGUGCACCCCCCACACACAGGGUGUGCCCCAACCAGACAUCUGUCACACGACUGACCUUCCGUUAGAGACAGAAUGACUCCGGUUGCUUGCUUGGGCUAGAAUGUACACGUCUCCUUGCCUGCAUAAGCCAUACGUAUGCUUUUAAACGGAAGUUCGAAACUGCCCACGUCGUCUCGGUGAACCUACCGGUGGACUCGCGACUGACGAGACUGAGCAACAGAAACAGAUUCCUCUAAUGACAGCUGCGGCUCCCCGCCCGCUCCCUGCUUCUAGGCCAUAGAUCAGGGGGUGCUCGGAGGCCGGGCUCCGGCGGCAACUCGGUCGCCGUCGGCUGUGUCAGAGCGAGUGGCGCCGUGAGACUGGCCAGGUCUCGUGGCUCAGACACACGGGCCGAAAACAACUCCGCACGAGGGCUCUGUCCUCCUCCUCGUUAGUAUUUAUUUUCAGCACCUGUUUGAUGCGGUUUUUUAUCCUCUACCUAUUGCACUGUUGUGACUUGUUGGCCAUUAUUUGAUUUUUGUACGAAGAAAAGCUUUGUUAUAGAAAUCAGCAUACUAUUUUUUUAAAUCUGGAGAGAAGAUAUUCUGGUGACUGAAAGUACGGUCAGGUGUCGGACAAACCGUGUAAACGCCUUCCCGCUGUCCUGUCGGUCCUAGAGCGCUCACUUUACAGCUGCUGGCAAUAUCGGAGGUUCCUUUUUUGUUUGUGUAAACUCUAAUUUCUAUCAAGGUGUCAUGGAUUUUUAAAAUUAGUAUUUCAUUACAAAUGUCUCAGCGUUGGUUAAUUAAUUUUUGCCAGGACCAUUAUUGAUCAAGCAAAUAAAUUCAACAGCCAUUUGGGAAAAA